CCAUUGCGCAAUUUUUCUCCGCGUUGCUUCGCAGCCUUCAACAGUAGCAACAGCAGUAAAGCUGACGAUGUACUUCUGCGAUCACAUGCGUCGCCAUCACAGCCAAAGCCGCAAAAUGGCGAGGCGGGCCCACCACAGCCUCCCUUGCCGCCUGAAGGGCCAGGAUGGGUUCGCAUAGAUGCCGCUGUUGUUGGCCUCAGGUUUCGACGCAGCAACUCAGGAGCUGCCGCUGCUGCUGCUGCCGCCGCUGCGGCCGCCGCUACGUCAGCAGCAGGAGAUGCCGCGGGCCCAUCUUGCAACAGCUCCUCCGCAUGCCCAAGCUAUUGCCUUGCUCCGGAACCCAACAACCCACAUGAUCCCAACGCCAUUCAGGUCCUCCUGUGCAGCACCCAGCCCCCACCAUGCAACACGGCAGAUGCCGCCACCGCAACCACGCCUGCCGUACACCCCGCACCCUCCUCUUCCGCCGCCGCCGUGAAUGCCAGCGCCAGUGGCAGCCUCAUCGGCUACCUCCCCGCCGUCGUGGCUCGUCACCUGGCCCCCCUGCUGCUGCCGAGGGGCGCCGACCGGAUUGAAACCCGA